AUGGGUGAUUAUAUCUUCAUCUCUCAAAGUAAGUAUGGCAAGAACAUAGUGAAGAAGUUUGGUAUGGAAAAUGAUAGUCACAAGAGGACAUAUGCGCCAACUCAUUUAAAGUUAUCUAAAGAUGAAAAAGGUGUUAAUAUGGAUCAAAGUCUGUACAAAAGCAUGAUUGGUAGCCUGUUAUACCUUACAACUAGUAGACCUGGCAUCACAUUUGAUGUAGGUGUUUGUGCAAGAUAUCAAGUUGAGCCCAAAGUGAGUCACAUCAAUCAAGAGAAGAGGAUUCUGAAGUGCAUCAAUAGUACAAGUGACUAUGGCAUGUUAUACUCUCAUGGAUCUAAUUCCAUACUUGUAGGGUAUUGUAAUGCAGAUUGUGCAAGUAGUGCUGAUGAUAGGAAAAAUACUUCAGGAGGUUUCUUCUUCUUAGAGAACAAUCUUAUAUAUUGGUUUAUCAAGAAGCAAAAUUGUGUGUCCCUAUCCACUGUUGAGGCUGAGUAUAUUGCAACAGGAAGAAAUUAUUCUCAAUUAAUUUGGAUGAAGCAAAUGUAA